UCUCUCUCUCCCCUCCUCACUCCCUCUUUUUCUCUCCACAUCUCUGAUUAGAUAUAGUGAUUCCUCAGUCAAUGGACGUCAUUUAGUGCAGACUCGCCUUGAGUUGGUUGCCUCGCUUCACGCUCGAUUUCAGACCAUUCUUCCCUUAUUAAGCAUUCGUGUAAUAUUAAUAGUCAUGAAUAUCUUCCAUUAGGAAUCCAAGGGAAGUAGAAGCUGUUUGCUAAUAUGAGCUCAAUCGCAGGAACAGGACAGUGAUAGAACAAGACGGCGGAACAGGGGAUACAAGAAACUUUAAAAUAAAAAUCCGCAAGAUCAUACUGUUUUUUAGAAUCAAAUGAAGGGCAGCGGGAAUUUCACCAAAUUCUGAUGGAUUAUCGUUCUUCGAUGGUGCUUAUCUGACAAUUGGGCUCCGAGACCUUGCAAUAGAGUCGUUGUUGGCUUUAUUUUGUUUGCUCGAAUAUUUCGUUGUUUUGUCCACGUUCUUACUCGCAAAUUCUAUUUUGAAUCGCUCGAAAAUCUUCGCAGAUGUUAGUGCACAGUUUUUCCGCGAUGGAUCGUCACGACGGUACCAGCAACGGGACAGCGAGACUACCUCAGUUGGGGAGCGUGGGCCAGUCCCCGUACACAAGCGCCCCUCCGCUCUCCCACACCCCGAACUCCGACUUCCAGCCACCGUACUUUCCACCGCCCUACCAGCCCAUCUAUCCCCAGUCUCAGGACCCAUAUUCGCACGUCAACGACCCGUACUCUCUAAACUCCCUGCACGCCCAGCCGCAGCCGCAGCACCCGGGCUGGCCCGGGCAGAGGCAGAGCCAGGAGAGCAGCCUGCUCCACCAGCACCGGGGCUUACCGCACCAGCUCUGUCGGGAGUACCGCAGAGAGGUUCUCCUACCGUCGGGCCACGGGAUCGAAACGGGACUCUCAGAUUCUAUCCCAAUCCAUGGAAUACCUCACUCCUUAGAAGACGUUCAGGUAAUCCAACACUUUUUGCAUGUUGAGGACCAAGGAAUUCACAUCCCGGACCAGACUGUCAUUAAGAAAGGUCCAGUUUCCUUAUCCAAGAACAACAAUGUCUCAGCCAUCCCAAUAAACAAAGACGGUCUUUUCGGCGGCGUGGUGAACCCCAACGAGGUGUUCUGUUCGGUUCCGGGUCGCCUGUCCCUGCUCAGCUCCACUUCAAAGUACAAGGUCACCGUAGCGGAAGUGCAGAGACGCCUCUCUCCGCCCGAGUGCCUGAACGCGUCUCUGCUGGGCGGAGUGCUGAGAAGGGCAAAAUCUAAGAACGGUGGACGGUCCCUUAGAGAGAAAUUGGAUAAAAUCGGUUUGAAUCUUCCUGCCGGUCGACGCAAGGCAGCCAACGUCACGCUGCUGACAUCACUGGUGGAAGGCGAAGCUGUUCAUCUUGCCAGGGAUUUUGGUUACGUAUGCGAGACAGAGUUCCCUUCCAAGGCAGUGGCGGAAUAUGUUAACCGUCAGCAUUCCGACCCAAACGAACAAGUCCAAAGAAAAAACAUGCUAUUGGCAACUAAGCAAAUCUGCAAAGAAUUCACAGACCUGCUUUCCCAGGACCGCUCGCCGUUGGGGAAUUCUCGACCACAACCUAUUCUUGAGCCGGGGAUUCAGAGUUGUUUGACCCACUUUAGUCUAAUUUCUCACGGAUUCGGGACCCCGGCUAUGUGCGCGGCCCUCACCGCCCUCCAGAACUAUCUGACCGAGGCGAUUAAAGCCAUGGACAAAAUGUACCUUAACAAUAACCCCAACAGUCACUCAGAGAGCGUCACUAAAGGCGGAGACAAAGACGAGAAGCACAGAAAAUGAUUUCCCCCUGAACGCCCAAUAUAAAUAUUAUAAAUACUUAUAAAUACUAUUGAUCAAGUAACGUGCCACUUCCUGAUCUCGCGAUUUUACAUGUUUGUUUUUACUACAAUUCAACUUUGGAUUCACGGGGAGCAACACGCAAAAUCCCCAUACGAAUUAAGAAAAGAAAAAAAGAUGCUGAAAGCGCAAAGGAACCGCUCCAGGGCGGGAAAGGAACCGCUCCAGGGCGGGAAAGGUCUCUGCCACACCGAGGAGUUUUUAUGUACUUCCUCUUUUUAUGAGCUGCGACCGACUGAAAUCCAGCGACCCUUAUAUCUCAAUUUACGAUUGUAGCCGUAUGACAAAAGAAGCAAAAAGAGGAUGAAUUCUUAUCAGUAUUGUGAAUAAUAAACUUGAAAAAAAAAAAGAAAAUCCACAGAGUUCCAUGUCAUGACUUGCGUUGUAACUCUCACUCCAAGCGACCAACUUGAACUUUGAAU